UUUAUGCGCCACUUAUUAAUCCCGUUUGUAAUGUGAAGUAAACGGAUGAAAAAUAAGGGUGUUCAUUGGGACUUGGGAGAAGCGUAGUCGCGUACGAGCAGUGUAACAGGCUACUGAAGGACUCAAGCGAGUAGACAGACGGGCAGGGAGUCAGCGACGCAGCGUCCUUCCGCGACCGCCACUCCGCCACCGUUCUUCGUCCCUCCGCCAAUCCGCCAUUAGGCUCUACCGCUCUACCGCCCCUACGCAUCUCACUUUCUCAGCCUCUGCAGCCUCCAGAAAGGAAGACCCAAAUUUUGUUCUUGCACAGGGUCCUGACUGAGUUCACCUUUGGCGGUCGGGAGAAACAAGAAUGGUGGACGAGGACUAUGAGAUGGAUGGAGGAUAUGAGGAUGAGCCAGUUGAGCCUGAGAUUGAGGAAGGAAUUGAGGCAGAGGAGGAUGCCAAUAAUGAGGACCUACCUGAUGCCAUAAUAGGUGAGGGUGAAGACAAACCUGAAGAGGUUGCUGUGGAGAGGCCUAGGAAAACAUCAAAGUACAUGACAAAAUAUGAAAGAGCAAGAAUUUUGGGUACUCGAGCUCUUCAGAUCAGCAUGAAUGCUCCUGUGAUGGUUGAUUUGGAGGGUGAAAGUGAUCCCCUUGAGAUUGCUAUGAAAGAGCUACGAGAGAGGAAGAUUCCCUUCACAAUUCGUCGGUAUCUCCCAGAUGGAAGUUAUGAAGAUUGGGGGGUUGACGAACUCAUUGUUGAAGACUCGUGGAAGAGGCAAGUCGGGGGAGACUAAGUAACCGUUUCUAAAUUGUUGUAGUGCCUUUGAUAGAAUGAUGAGGCUGCACUGUCAACUGAAUGUUCUUGUGGAACUGUGAUUAGUUUCAAUCUUUCUGCUCUCCUUAUCGUGGUGAUAGCUUGAUUAGCAAAAAAAAGAAUUAUUAGCAUAAAAUGCUUUUUGUACUUUACUCUAAUUUCAUAACAUAGUGGUACCUAAGAGUGGGGUGGUCUCUUGUCUUGGAUGGGGACUGGCCCAAUGGGCGGCGAGUUUAGGACCAAUUAGGGGUGGACCUGUUUUGGAACCGGGUCGAGCACGGUUAGGGACCAGAAAUUCCGGUUUCGAGUCUAUUCCAGAACUAAAUCGGGAACGAGUCCAACCCUAAGACCAUUCAGAAGAAUGGAAAUCCGGUCCAGAUCCCGGAGGUAGACCAGAAUCGGUAUCUGCGAUGUAUAUUACCUCGCCUUUGGAUACCCAAGGUUGUA